AUGUCUAAGGCCGACGCAAAAGCACAGAAGCGAGCAAAGUUCGAGGCCGUCUUCCCGGUUCUCCGCGAUGAGCUCCUUGCCCAUUUCGCCGCCGAGGGCAUGCCCGAGGAUGCGAAGAAGUGGUACACCAAGAACCUAGACUACAACGUCCCGGGAGGCAAGCUCAACCGUGGGCUGUCAGUAGUAGACACAGUCGAGAUCUUGAAGGGCCGGACUUUGACGGAGGAUGAGUACUUCAAAGCCGCUCUCCUCGGCUGGUGUGUUGAGCUGCUGCAAGCCUUCUUCCUCGUGUCCGACGACAUGAUGGACCAGUCGGUGACGCGCCGCGGCCAGCCCUGCUACUACCGCCUCGAUAGCGUGAACUACAUCGCGAUCAAUGAUUCUUUCAUGCUCGAAAUGGCCAUCUACCACCUAAUCAAGACGCACUUCCGCUCAGAGUCUUAUUACGUCAACCUGCUCGAGCUCUUCCACGAGAUCACCUACAAAACGGAGAUGGGCCAGCUCAUCGACCUCAUCACAGCGCCAGAGGAUCACGUCGACCUAAGCAAAUUCUCGCUCGAGAAGCACAAGCUCAUCGUCAUCUACAAGACCGCCUUCUACUCCUUCUACCUCCCCGUCGCGCUCGCCAUGUACAUGUGCGGCAUCCAGCACGGCCCCGCCCCGUCCUCCGACCCGUACGAGCUCGCGCGCUCGAUCCUCAUCCCGCUUGGCGAGUACUUCCAGGUGCAGGACGACUUCCUCGACUUCGCGGGCACGCCCGAGCAGAUCGGCAAGAUCGGCACGGACAUCAUCGACAACAAGUGCUCGUGGUGCGUCAACACCGCCCUCGCGCAAGCAACGCCGGCGCAACGCGCGGUCCUUGACGCGAACUAUGGGCGGAAAGACGCGGCGGCGGAGGCACGUAUCAAGGCGCUGUACGAGGAGAUCGGUGUUCGGAAGUUGUACGAGGAGUACGAGGAGGCGGCGUACAAGCGGAUCAUGGGCCUCAUUGAGACCAUCCCUGCGCAGCCUACGGCGAAGCAGGGCGAGGUUGUACUACAGCGGGCGGUGUUCAAGAGCUUCUUGGACAAGAUUUACAAGAGACAGAAAUGA